CAUGUUGCAAAGUUACGCAGCAGUGGGAGAUCCCGCGGCAGUCGUCCCCCAGUCGCCUUCCAGUCAGGAGUUGGAUUAUAAGAACCACCUUCCACCUUCCUGAGUUAUCAUUCAUAUCGACUUACUAUUUACGAGAGAGUCUCGCGUCCCCGAUUCAUCGAGCUGUCAUUACACAUUGGAAAUAUAUCACCGGUGUCCUUGAAGAAUGAAAAUACAAUAACGAGAGAAGCAAGCGCGUGACGGGUGACUAGUGAAAGAAAAACAUGAACGAAACGAUUUAUUUCUCUGAUUACUAUUAAAAGAUCAGCAUAUCGCGACGUUCGAUAGCCUUUGCCUGAUUAGACAAGGAGACAGAAUAACGUUUAGCUUUGUAUAUUAAUCGUUAACGCUAGCAAGCAUAACCGCCUUCCCUGUCUUUUCUUUCCGUGACAGUGAAAGUACCGAGGAAGUAAGAGAAAAAGCCGGCCGCCUCCUUAACGAUACUCCUAUUUACGAAAGAACGAGUAAGAAGGGUAUCGUUGCAAGUCGCUGCGCUUUCGUCGAAUUUACGCCGAAGGAACGCAAUAACUACGAAAAACUGUGACAUAGUACGUGUCAUCAUUGCGUGCCGUAACGGUUGACAAGUGCAGGAGAACGCUAAUCAUCGAAUUCGUGACUGCAGAUCGGACCAUGAUGGGACUUGGAGGAGACCGGUUAUUGAGCAUUAUCAUACCGUUAGUUGUUCUUGGAGGGUGUGCCAGCAUUGAUAAAUUAAGGGUCAUAUAUUCCUGGAAGGCUCUGGAGUUCGCCUUCCCGAACGCAGCAGCGAGAAAACUUGCCAUACAAGAGGGUCGUUUUAUUCCUGGAGCGCCGAUACCGAUCGACGUGGAUUUUUAUCACAAAGCAAAACAAGGAUCUGUAGUCUUUAUCUCGAUACCAAGAUUUCAAAAUGGAGUACCUGUCACGCUUGGUUACGUCACGAAUAAUGUUUCCGCCGAUGGAAAUCCGAUAAUUGCACCUUACCCUAAUUGGGAAUUGAACAGAUUGGGAAAUUGCGAAGGGAUCAUCAGUGUGUACAGAAUGCAGGUGGACUCGUGCGAUAGAUUAUGGGUCCUCGACACCGGCAAGCUCGGUGAGCGGCAAAUCUGUCCUCCUAAACUGCUGUCAUUUUCGCUGCGGACGAACACAGUCUUGAAACAGUAUCCAUUCCCCAAGGAUCAGUACAAGGACGAUUCAUUGUUCGUCACACUUGCGGUCGAUGUUCGUUGCGGUGGAACCACGGACAAAUGUCACGAGACUUUCGUUUACAUUGCCGAUGUGACCGGAUUCGCCUUGCUCGUCUACGAUCAUCAAAACUACCGCUCCUGGAAAAUCAACAACAACCUGUUUUACCCUUAUCCAUCUUACGGAACGUUUCACAUCAGCGGGGACACGUUCGAUCUCAUGGAUGGCAUCAUAGGUCUCGCUUUAGGUCCCAUGAAGCAGGACGGUGAUAGGAUUUUGUACUUCCAUUCCUUAGCCAGCAGAGUCGAAAGUUGGGUGCCCACUUCCGUUAUCAGAAAUUAUACCCUCUUCCGAGAUAAUCCCGAUGCCGAGCCAAGGAUGUUCCGUCCGUUCGCUAUGGAAAGGUCAUCGCAGUCGGUCGCACAAGCUAUGGAUAAAGACGGAGUUCUUUACUUCGGUCUCUUGUCAGAUUUGGCAAUUGGAUGUUGGAACAGUAUAACUUAUCCCGAAUAUGGCGGUACUAACACUGGAAUAGCUGAUGUCAACCCUCAAACUCUACAGUUCCCAUCUGGAUUAAAGAUUACCAACGGGAAAACCGGCCGUCAAGAGAUAUGGAUCCUCACGUCGUCGUUCCAGAAGUACAUGACCGGAUCCAUGCAUCCGAACGAGACGAAUUUUUGGAUACAAGCCGCCUACACGAGCGAGUUGAUCCACGACACCAAAUGCGAUCCGAAUAAUGGAAAUAACUUCAACAUCUCGCACAAUCGCGGUUAUCUGCCGCUCCAGUUCGCCAAAUGAAGAUUGUGGUACCGCGAGGAGUUCGAUAAUUCACGCUUUCGGAUGUUUCCGCUCAUCUGGUGGCACAAAUAUCCGAAUUCCUUCGCGGAGCGCCGACCCCCGCUAUAUUUUUCAAAAUUCUUGGCUAGACCAUUCUUCUCUCCGUGGCUCAUGAGGUCAAUUUAUAAUCCCAGACCAGCCAAUUUCCAUACCUUCGUCAAUCACGAUUGAGGAACGCGCGAUGCUACAUGUACCUUGCCUCCAUUGAUGACAGCUGCAAAGGACAAAGAGUCCAGUUGAUGUUUCCAAGAUUUUGUUGAAUUUAUUUGCUUCUCUCUCUCUCUUUCUCUCUCUUUCUCUCUCUUUCUCUCUCUCUCUCUCUCUC